AUGUCGACAUUUAACGGGAUUAUCGAAGUCGACAGUUUCCGCAAGAAUCCGGAGAGACCUGCUCCGCUGGCAUGUUUUCUCAGCCAUGUUCACAGCGAUCAUCUCGCGGGGCUAGAGUCCCUGAGGGCGCCGUUUAUCUACUGCUCAACGGCCACCAGAGAAGUUCCAACGGAGAUUGAGCUUAUGCCUGGAAAUACCAUAAAGGUUACCUUAUUCGAUGCUAACCAUUGCCCUGGCUCCGUCAUGUUUCUGAUAGAAGGCGCUGGUAAGGCGAUACUGUAUACCGGUGACAUUAGAGCUGAAGAAUGGUGGGUGCAAAGCCUCGUCAGAAACCCAGUCUUGAUACCAUAUACCAUGGGAGACAGUCGACUGGACAAUAUAUAUCUUGACACGACAUUUGCUACAAAGUCAGAUAUCCAUCAAGUCUUCCCUUCCAAAGCAGAAGGGAUACAAGAACUCUUGAGCAAGGUCAAGGAGUAUCCAAGUGAUACCCUAUUCUACCUACGCAGCUGGACAUUUGGCUACGAGGACGUUUGGUUGGCUCUAUCCACAGCCCUCAAUACAAAGAUCCAUGUCGACAGGUAUCAGCUUGGCCUGUAUAACUCACUAGCUGCCAGGCCAGGAAGCGGGUUUGGAGUUGACGACUCUUUGUAUCUUUGUGGUUUCCGACUCGGGAACUCCUCUGUGUCAGGAUGUCUGACAAACGAUCAAUCUGCUCGUAUCCAUAGCUGUGAACCGGGCGUCAUGUGCUCCAGGAUAUCCUCCGGAAAAUCGGUCUACAUCACUCCUAUCGUCACACGAACCAAAGAAGGUUAUGAAAUACCAGAAGUUGGUGCCGGCGGUGGCAAGGGAGACCUUGAGCAGAGCCAUGAGUUAGAGCUGCCCGAUGACACAAGCUUUCAGCGUCUAUUGGACCUAUGUAAGGAACAGAUAACGGAGCCCAAGACAAGGGACAUGGUUAUUUCGGCCCUCUCUAAAGCAUAUCAGGCUGGCGACAGAGUUAUAUCCCUGGACGAAUAUGGUCUUAGGGAUGAGGAAGAAAUCCCUCUGGCAAAGCUUGUCGGUAUCAUAGGACAAGGUCUGCAGCAAAGAAAAAAUGAGCCUCUUCCAAAUACUAUCAGAUUCCCAUACUCUCGCCACUCAUGUUACUCUGAGCUUUGCCAACUCAUCGAGGCCUUCAAACCCCUGGACAUCUAUCCGUGUACCGUUGACCCCGUUACCUGGAACGAGCGAGUUUCUAUGCAAUCCCUGUUCGGUCAUUUAUGUUCCGGGACAAGAUUUCAUCAUGACAGGAUGAUGCGAAGGGCAAUGCAAGAUGCAGGCGAUAGGCCAUCAAAGCGGCAGAGGCGCGCAAGCGAUAACCCGUCUGAAGCAGUAUCUACUCAACAAUCAAAUCCAGAAUUACAACACAACCUCGAAAAGCAAGGAGCGAACACCGUAACCUCUCAGAAACAGCAACCAGAGGAAAUAGGAUUUGCUUUACAGGGCGAUGAGGACUCUCUUGCGGACUACCCUACCUCAUUCCCCACGCAAUUAACCACUCAAUCAUCUGAAUCUCCUGCCACGAGGUUCAAAGCGAUAAAGCAGGCGAUGCUGGAGAACUUCCAGGACGACGAAAUUAGCUUUUUCUCACCUUCGUUUACGGACCCCCAUCCAGAGAUGGAGCCAGCUUCUCACCAACAGGCAGCCGAAGCAGGGGCCGAAAACGCAAAUACACAAUCACAAUCCACAAAUUCUCAGCAGGGGCUUCAAGUGGAGCAGGAAGAGCUUGACCUACGGCUUAGUCUCUGCGUAUCUCGGACAUUCACCACCGCCACCAAUGACGAUAACGAGGCUGAAAAUAAAGAUGAAGACGAUGAUGCCAACGAUGAAGUAGAGAGCGUCAUAUCUCUAUCCUCAUCCGCUUUUUAUUCCCAGCCACUCAUGGUGAAACCGGCUGAGCACGGCAAUGAUGAAGAAGCGGAUAUGGUAUUAGUUCCAUCGUCGGCUCCCGGGCCGGAGACGGACAUAGAUCCUGAACCCUGCAGGUCUGGACGGACAUCCGCCCGCAAAGACAUGCGUAUAGCUGCGUAUCGAGCUGCGAGGAAAGGGACGUAUGAAGCCUGGACGAAUACGUGUUCGUUGAUAAGUGUGUGGGAUAAUCAUACAUAUCCGGAAGUUGAGUUGUAA